GUUUUAUAGCCAAAGGUUCAUGCGCGCUGGCCGCGCGGCGUUGGCCCGUCGACCUCCGUCAGGAGCGGUUGGGCGGCAUCGCCGAAACGAAGGCGCCCUCUCGCGAGCUGCAUGCGGCUCCACGGACUAUAAAAGUCAGCAACUGUCUACACAAAGACAUUUCACACACUCAGGGACAGCUUUCGAGGUUGUGUCCUGGCCAAUUGCUUUCCACUCCGCCUCCACACACCAGAAUGGCGUCGCUCUCUGCCACCAGCCGUAACGGCGUUGCUCGUGGAGCUCACUCGGCGCAGCGGCCUGCCCCCGCGACGCUGCCCCGGUCCCGCAUGAGCCUUGUCGCGCGCGCGUCCGCGGCCGAGCCGGCCCGCCGCGACGUUCUGAAGGCAGUUGCGGGAGGCAUGGCUGCUGUUUCCCUUGGAGCGUUCGCCCCGGCUCCGGUCUCUGCAGCCUCCGGCGCCGCCGCCACCAUCCAGGAGGCGUACGGCGCAUUCGGCCAGUUCGCGGCCACAGGCGAGUACAGCCCCCUGGAGUCGUACUUCGGCGACGGCGUCAAGUGGGUGUCCACCGUCAACGGCGGCUACACGGGCAAGGGCAAGGCUGACGUGGCGCGCUUCUUUACCUGGGUCCGCUCGGUGAACGACGUGUCCAAGUUCCAGCCCGUCAAGUUUGUGGAGCAGGGCAACAGCGUGGCUGUGCUUGUCAACAUGGCUGGCAAGGGCAAGCUCACGGGCAAGCCGUACGACGGGUACAUCUCACACUUCUUUGUGGUGGAGAACGGCAAGAUCACUGACUUCCUGGAGGUGGCGGGAGCCGACGUGAGCAACGCCGUGGGCACCACGCCGUUCCCCAAGGCCUGAGACUGACGAGCCGCGGCGCGUGUUUGAUGUGCUGCUAGCUGUGCUGUGCUUACAACCGUCGGAGUGCGUGUGUGUAUGUGUCACAGAGGCGUGUCGUUAGCUAGUGGAGGUGGCGGUCCCGGCGGCAAUUCCAGCCUUGUGUCGUCGAGCAAAUUAAUUUGGUGUCGUUCGCCAAGUGCCUUGGCGGCAGAUAGAGAUGUUGAAGACCGCUCUCCCCUGCGUUUGUAAUGUGUUAGGCAAGCACAAAGGGCGACUCUGUUGGUAAUGUGUGUACGGCAGAUCACGGACAACAUAUGUUUGCAAUGAUCGCACUGGCU